UUACGAAAUAUACAAUGUUCGUGAAUAUUUGGCUGCUUGUUUUAAGUCUUCUUUUAUUGAUGAAUUUAAACAAAGCCAUCUGGUCUUCAUGGAUUAACAGAGAUGGGCCGGAUUCUGGAGACGGUGACAGGGAGAAUUGGACACCGGAAGAAAAAUCCGCCUUUUGUCCGAAUGGGAAUAUCAGUCGUAUUGAGUGUUAUACAACGGAUGACAUUGCGAGUUACUCGUCAGGAGAUAUUAUGCAAUGUACCCUAAGUGGCUCGUCCUGUCUGAAUGACGACAAUUUCCCAGUACCUUGCUCCGACUACAAAAUACGAUACCUUUGCGAACUACCUAGUACGUUUUCAGCAGCAACAAUGGAACCCACCACAAUAAACAACUAUACUGCAACAGAUUUCAGCAUUUUAAAACUAAGUGAAAUUCAGACGUUUUCGGCAUUAUCUUUAUCAACUAUCGGCGGUUCGAAUGCAACUGACCAUCAAACACAAUUGCCGACUAUUGGCGGUUCGAAUGCAACUGACCAUCAAACACAAUUGCCGUCUAUUGGCGGUUCGAAUGCAACUGCCCAUCAAACACAAUUGCCGUCUAUUGGCGGUUCGAAUGCAACUGACCAUCAAACACAAUUGCCGAUUAUUGGCGGUUCGAAUGCAACAGACAAUCAAAAACAUAACCAACCUGAAACGAAGAUGAGCAAAUCCUUGUUGAUUGGUAUUGUUGCCGGUUGUAUCUCAGCUGUCAUUUUACUGACAGCGGUAGCUUUUUGUGUCUACCUUUCGUGUUGCAGGAAAGGAAAGCGAAAGGAAGGGUCGGUUGUAUCCCCCAUUGAAGCAUAGAUUAUCAGCUCGAUUGCAUCUCAUGAAGAAUCAAAACAUUUCAAUAAUAGUGCAAAUUGUCGACGAAACCAAUGUUAAACGCAACAUAUAGCUUUGCUGUUUCAAGUUAACUCAAACUUUUGUGUAUUUUGUUUUGGCAAGUAGUUUUUAAAUGGUGCGACAUUUUAAA